AUGGCUUCCCUCGACGAUUUCCCAUUCCUCCCGUUAUUCAUUACAGCCAUUACCAUCAUCAUAAUUGCUCUUGUCACCUUACUAACAACCAGGCACAACCGGUCAUCAGCCUCCGCCAAGAAAUUACCGCCGGGCCCAUGGAAGCUCCCAGUGAUCGGGAACCUCCACCAUCUGAUCGUCGGGGAAGCACUGCCCCACCGCCGCCUGAGAGAACUGGCAGAGAAGCACGGCCGCCACGUCAUGCACCUCCAGCUAGGGGAGCUCUCCAACAUCGUCAUCUCCAGCCCCGAGGCCGCGAGACAAGUCCUGAAACUCCACGACCACGCUUUUUCGUCGAGGCCGUACCUCCUCGCCGGCGACAUCUUGUUCUACGGCACCAAAGGCAUCGGCUUCACCCCCACCGGCGACCACUGGAGGCAUAUGCGCAAGAUCUGCGUGGCGGAGCUUCUGAGCCCCAAGAGGGUUCUUUCUUUCCGUCCCAUCAGGGAAUCCGAGGCCUCCAAGCUCGUCGGUCUUGUCCGCUCCCGGAGUGCCGCCGGCGGAGGGAUCGAUGUUACCAGGCUGCUGGCGUCGGCGUCCAGCAGCUUCACUUUCAGGACGGCGUUCGGCAUGGUGAAGGAAAUAUUCUUGAUGAAAAAUCCAAAAGUGAUGCAACAAGUGCAAGAAGAAGUGCGGCAGAAGUUUCGUGAUAAAGACAACGCCAUUAGUGAAGACGGGCUUCAGGAAUUGAAGUACUUGGAUGCGGUCAUCAAGGAAAGUUUAAGAUUGCACCCGCCACUUCCAUUACUUCUUCCACGAGAAGGGAUAGUGAGGGCAGAAAUCGAUGGCUACGAUAUCCCCGCGAGAACUAGAGUCAUCAUCAAUGCUUGGGCUAUUGGAAGGAAUUCUCGUCAUUGGAAAACACCGGAUAAAUUCUAUCCGGAAAGGUUUCUUGAUGACUUCUCAACCGAUUACAAAGGGUUGGAUUUAAAAUUUAUCCCAUUUGGUUAUGGAAGGAGGAGCUGUCCUGGAUUAACAUUUGGAAUGGCUGUUGUGAAACUCAUGCUGGCGAAUUUGCUGUAUCAUUUUGACUGGAAGCUUCCAGCCAAAAUGAAUCAUGAAGAUUUAGAUAUGAAUGAACGUUUCGGAGCAUCUGUAAGAAGAAAACACAAUUUGUGCUUGAUUCCAACGACAUAUGAUCCAUUAAUGCAUAACUAA